GCUGCGCUCAGUUCGGUUCGAUCAUUCGUCGCAACAAGUCCACUAACGUCAGCGCGCUUCACACAAAGCGCAGUCGAGAGUCGAGGGUGGCGCAGUGCAUGGCCCAGUCUCCAUCUCCGUCUCUGUCUCCGUCUCCGUCUUCGUCUUCGACUUCGUGUUCGUCUAACCAACUGUAAAAAGGGCGCCCGAGUGCAUUAAUUGUGAGCAUAAAAUAUAAAAUAAUUGUCGCUAAUUUUUGGAUACAUUCGCGUGUGUGUCAAGUCGAACGUAUUAUGAUAUAUUAUGCAAUUGGCCUUUGCUAAGUGAAAAGUCAAAUUGUUUAUGUGUUUGUGUAAUGCGCUAGAGAAACGAAAAGAGCGAAAUUCAAAGAAAAGUGAAGCCACCCAACCACAAUCAGCGGCUUUAAAAAGCCGUUUAAAACAAAUACAAUAACAAAGAAAUACAAACAAAAAGUUUAGCUGAAUUUAAGACAUGUCGCAGACAAAAAUGGCGGCUGCAGCGACUGCGUCCACGGCGAACAUUUGCGUCAGCUGCGCACGCCAGCGUCAAAGUCGACGCUGCGUCGGCGCCGACGUAGGCGUAGCAGCUGGCAGCAGUGCUAUAAUGCAAAUUUAUAGUGCCUGUGCCCUGCUCACACUGCUGACGGCCAGUGCUGCCUAUGUGCAGAGUGCAGCCGUUUCCUUUGGUGAUCUGUCGCAUCCCACCUUUAAGCCGCUAUGCAGCGUUCAGCAUGAGCAUUUCAUCGAGAGCGAUGGCAAAGAAUCUAGUCUCAUUAUUGAACUGAAACCGGGCAGCUAUGGCGCCCAACACAAGUCCUGCUCUCGCAUACUGAGUGCCCCGCCCAGCUAUGGUUUUAUUGUGCGUCUUAUUUUGCCCAAACUGCGACACACGCAACGCACAGACAAUGGCAGCAACAAUCCCUCUGCUGCAGCUAGUUCCAACAUUAUGCCCGCUUUAGUCAGCGCAAACAAACAGCCGCAGCUGCUGCCUGCUGGCAUGCUAAAUGCGACUGCAGCAGCAACUUCUACCUCAUCGGCUGUUGUGGUGGGACGCACCUGUCCAUUGAAUAUUUUCAGCUCUUUGGAUCCGCAUACGGCUCAGUGGCGCGUGGAUCCCUGCCAGCUGGAAGAUACCGCCUCCGAAAUGGAGGAUCCGGUACGUCUGUUUCAUGGCCGCGUGCGUAUUGUGUGGGAGCAUGGAAUGCAUGCGCUCAAGUCCAAGCUAAUGGUCACGGUGCUUGGCAAAGGUGAGCAGUGCAAGGAUGAGAGCAAGCAUCAGUGCCUGAAGAUUGGGGACGAACCCAUUCUAUGCAUCUCCAAGGAGCUGGCGUGCGAUGGCAUACGCCAUUGUCCCUACAGCAAUGAGUAUGACAGCGACGAGGACUACGAGCUGUGCUAUAAGCAGCGUCGUCCGGGUGCUGGCACGCUACCCUCUGCGCUGGAAUCCGAUCUGUUUGAGCAGUUCGCCUUGGAGGUGUUUCGCAAUCUGUUUGCUUACGAUGCGCCCACAGCGCCGGAGGAUAUACCACAGCGCAAUGGCAGCGCCGGCGAAUCGGAAGCAGCCGCAGCAGCAGCAGCAGCUUCAGCUGUGGUCAAUAACAAUUCGACGACGCAGCUACGUAAAGUGCACACCAAAGACAUGAAGAAGCCGGAUCAAGGUUCACCCAAUGCCAUUGGCACUCAGUUCUCGCCUGAGCUGGAUGCCAAGGCACAGGAUAAUGCCACAGUGGAUAACGGCAAUGUAAAUGGCAGCGGUGCUGGCAGCGGCUUCACUCGUCGCAACUCCACCCGCGGCGGACUCCACUCGGAUCUAUCGAAGUACGGGCCGUGGGGCUACCUAAUGCUCGGCAUGCUACUCUGCGGCGGCGCGCUGCUCAUCUGCGGCCUCUGGGCUUCCGCAUCGCAGCACGCUGUCAACAAUGAGCGCGAGGCAGCGCUGGCCGCAGCCAAUGCAGCUGGCAUGGAUCCAACCAGUGUCACCUCGCCACCCAACUACGAGGAGCUGGAUCCGCCGCCGGCAUAUUCCGUGCUCUUUCCCAAUCAGAAGGCCGCCAGCAGUAAUACGCUUAAUGCGCUGGAUGGUGCGGUAGCUAGCACAACAGCCGCGGCAGCAGCAGCAGCUGCAGCAGCAGCAACAGCAACAGCAGCAAUAACAACAACAUCAACAACCCAAAAGCAUGCCAAGCUUAAUUAA